CCGUCUGCUGCACUGAGCAGCUCGCACCGCCAACAUGCUCACCAACCUUCCUGGCGAACUAGCGGCGAGUGUCCGUGUAGUGUUUCGCUUCGCUUUCAUUAUCAUGUUUAUGUAUCUCGGCUUUGUUGGCACUCAAGCCAAGAAGCUCUCGACGAAGUUGACACUUCUGCGAGAUGGUAAGAUCACCGUGUCCCACGCAGCCGGCUGGUUGCAAGGCACGCAGAUCUGGGCGCCACUCUACCGCAUGCGCAAGAUUCCUGACUGGAAGUGGUGGCUACUUAUGGUCUUUUCCGCGCUGUAGGUGAAUCGACUUGCAAAGA